AACAAUUAGAAUAUUUUUAGAGAAAUCGAACUAAUUUCAUUAAUCUCCACAUCAAAAUCUUCAACUUCUGUACUAGAUCCCUUACCUCUUCAAACAGAUAAUACCAGAAGCAAUUGAACCUCUUCUAAAAAUAAUACAUUCUUCCUUUAGAAUUGACUAUGCACCCAAAUUCUUUAAACUAGCAAUUGUCAAACCCCUGAUUUAAAAAAACCUGACCUCAACCCCUGUCAGCUGUCCGAUUAUAGGCCAAUAUCAAACCUCCCAUUUAUCUCCAAGAUCCUAGAAAAAGCUGUGUCACAGCAGUUAUGCUCAUAUAUCUUCACAGGAAUAACAUCCAUGAAAUGUAUCCGUCAGGAUUUAGACCUCAUCAUAGCACAGAGAUAGCACUGGUUAAAAUAGUAAACGAGUUACUGUUGGCAUCUGAUCAGGGCUGUGUCUCCCUGCUUGUAUUGCCUGACCUUGGUGUAGCCUUUGAAACCACUGAUCAUUCCAUUCUCCUGGACAGACUAGAAAAUGUUGUGGGAGUUAAGGGAACGGCCGUCUCCUGGCUCAGGUCUUAUUUAACUGAUCCCCAUCAGUUUGUUGGUGUAAAUGGUGAUUUUUCUAGACAUAUUGAGGUGAAGUUUGGUGUUCCACAAGGUUCUGUAUUAGGUCCACUGCUUUUUUCUUUAUAUAUAUGUUACUUGUGGGUGAUGAUAUUUGUAAGCAUGGUAUUAGUUUCCACUGUUAUGCUGAUGACACACAGUUGUAUGUUUCUGCAAAGCCAGAUGAGAGACAUGAGCUUAAUAAAAUUGAGGAAUACGUAAAGGAUAUUAGACACGGGAUGCUUAUUAACUUCCUUCUGCUGAACUCUGACAAGACUGAAGUACUUGUACUAGGACCACAUGUACUAGGACCGUUAUCCCUGUCUUAUCCACACUGCAUUGGCUCAAAAUCAAAUUUUGUGUUGAUUAUAAAAUACUACUAUUGACCUUUAAAUCACUGAAUGGUCUCGCACCACAGUACCUGAGUGAACUUCUGGUCCUUGACGUCAAAAGGUGCAGGCUAUCUGCUGGUACCUCAUAUAGUGAAGGCUACAUCAGGGGGCAGAGCAUUUUCUUACAAAGCCCCACAGUUAUGGAACAGCCUUCCAAGAAGUGUUGAGGACUCUGACACAAUCUCGGUGUUUAAGUCUAGGCUGAAAACAUAUCUGUUUAGUUAAGCCUUUUGUUAAUAGUUUUUAAUUAGUUAAAGGAGUAGAUCUGAAGGGUUCUCAGGCAUAGAGUGUUUUGGUAAACUGGGAUGUAUGGAUGCUGACACACACCCCACUCUCACUCACUCACUCACUCACUCACUCACUCACUCACUCAGGUUUGUUGGUGGUGUAGUGGCUGCUGCUUUAUGUCCCAGGGCACCGUCAUGUCUGUGUUACCUUCUGGCUCUCCCCUUUUAGUUAUGCUGUCAUAGUUAGUCUUGCUGGAGUCCCUGCUUGCACUCAGUGCAAAAUGUAUCCUGUUCUUAUACAUUAGGCGAUAUUGGGCAUACCUAACAAGCUGUGUUCCCCCACCCCUGUCUCUUCCCUCUGUCUGUCCCUCUGAGUUACUUGUCAAUCCUGAGACACCAGUGGUGCUGACCUCUUCUGUUCCUCGGACUUGCCUGAUCCAUCCUGAUGCCCUACGUCUGGCUGGAGUCUUAUCUCAUAACACCUGUGGAGGACGGCCGUGUAUGGACAGUUGAAAUUCACACUUGGAAGAUGCUCUGGACACUUACAAUUGUGAAGUUUGCAAAUCCUUCUUCUUUCACAAGUGUGAGCUUCACGGACCACCCCUCUUCAUCCCUGAUACUCCUGUUCUCAUGGGAGUUCCUGACCGAGCCAGGCAAACACUUCCUCCUGAACUAGAGAUUCGGAAGUCCAGUAUUCCUGAUGCAGGCCUGGGAGUGUUUAAUAAGGGGGAGACUGUUCCAGUAGGUGCACACUUUGGACCCUACCAGGGAGAGCUGGUGGACAUAGAGAAAGCCAUGAAUAGCAGAUACUCCUGGGUGAUAUGCAGGAGCAGGCAGUGUGAAGAGUACAUAGAUGCCACAAGAGAAAUGCAUGCAAAUUGGAUGAGGUAUGUGAAUUGUGCUCGUAAUGAUGAAGAACAGAAUCUUGUGGCGUUUCAGUAUCGAGGGGGAAUUCUGUAUCGUUGCUGUCGACCCAUUAACCCAGAACAGGAGCUCUUGGUGUGGUAUGAUGAGGAGUAUGCCAAAGAACUAAGUCCUGUGUUUUACAAGCUCUGGAACAAAAAGUGUUCCAUGAAUGACAAACACAUCCAGAGAUGCUACUAUGAAGGGUAUUUGAAGCCAUACGAAUUGGGAGAUGUUAAACACGGUCUUCAGAUCCCCUCCAAAGGCUUCAGUAGUCAGCCAACGUCAUCUGAUACUCUCAGUUCUGACACUUCUAACAAUGAUGACCAAAAGGAAAUUUACCAUUGCUCAGGACAUGAAAUGAAUUUUGGUCAUCGGAGUGCUCAACAACAUGAACAAGUUCACCCAGGAGAGGAGCCAUAUCAAUGCUCCCAGUAUGGAAAGAAUAUUACUCAUCAGCGUAAUCUCCAACAACACCAGUGCAUUCACACAAGGGAGAAGCCAUAUCACUGCUCACAGUGUGGAAAGCCUUUUACUCGACAGGAUUAUCUCCAAAAACAUCAGCUCAUUCACACAGGAGAGAAGCCAUAUCACUGCUCACAGUGUGGAAAGAGUUUUACUCAAAAGAGUAAUCUCCAACAACACCAGCGCAUUCACACAGGAGAGAAGCUUUAUCACUGCUCACAGUGUGGAAAGCCUUUUACUCAAAAGAGUAAUCUCCAACAACACCAGCGCAUUCACACAGGAGAGAAGCUUUAUCAUUGCUCACAGUGUGGAAAGAGUUUUACUCGACAGGAUUAUCUCCAAAAACAUCAGCGCAUUCACACAGGAGAGAAGCUUUAUCACUGCUCACAGUGUGGAAAGAGUUUUACUCAAAAGAGUACUCUCCAACAACACCAGCGCAUUCACACAGGAGAGAAACCAUAUCACUGCUCACAGUGUGGAAAGAGUUUUACAAAUCAGAGUCAUCUCCAAACACACCAGCGCAUUCACACAGGGGAGAAGCCAUAUCACUGCUCACAGUGUGGAAAGAGUUUUACAAAUCAGACUCCUCUCCAACGGCACCAGCGCAUUCACACAGGGGAGAAGCCAUAUCACUGCUCACAGUGUGGAAAGAGUUUUACUCAAAAGAGUAAUCUCCAACAACACCAGCGCAUUCACACAGUACAGAAGCCUCAUCACUCCUGACAGUGUGGAAAGCGUUUUACUCAUUAGGGUCUUCUCUGCAUUUACCUGUGCAUUCGCACCAGAGAAAAGGAGAAUCACUGCUUACAGAGAGGCAACACAUUUAUUCAGUUACAUUUAAGACGCACGAGUGCAUGAACUCAGACAUUGCAUUCACACAGGAGAGAAGCCGUAUCACUGCUCACAGUGUGGAAAGAGUUUUACCCAACAGAUUUCAAGUUGUCAAAUUAUGUUUGUUUAUUACUGUUUUUCCUGGAAUUAAUCUAUAUUUUGAAAGGUAUAUUUCAUUUUAUAUUUAUCUUGACUUUUUGUGGAAGGCAGUAUAUGUAAACUUAUUGCAGUGUUUAAAAUUAGACCAUUGAUUGCAUUUUUUUUUUUUUUUGCUUGAACUUCAGUAGUCAUCACACAAGCCUUCAUCACACAAGUCAGGCAUUAACUGCACUACUAAUAUCAGUGUAAUCCAGCAGCAUUACACUAGAACAGAACCAGUGAGCAACCAGAAAUUUUACUCACCAGUAAACUUGAGUCACAUGUAAAUAGAAACAAAACCAACCUUUUAGUUCAAGUCUUUUUGCCCAUCAUCUACUAAUAUAUUUUCUCUUGUAUUUUUCCAUGGUUAUUAUACAAGAUUUAAUCAGUAACAUCAAAUCAAUUGACUGUGAUUUCAGUAAGAGUCUUUGUUCACUCGUAAUGUGUAAGUGUUUGUAUUUUGCUAACUCAAAAUGUACACUUAUCUGUUCCUUAGGUCAUGAUUUUGUCAAUGCUCCUGUUUUACAUUAUCUAAGCCUUGGGUAAUAUCAAUCUUGUCGAGAGUGUGUCCUUUUCAUGUACACAUCAGCAUAAGAACAGUACAUAGUGUCUUGCAAAAGUAUUCAUCCCCCUUGGUGUUUGUCCUGAUUUGUCACAUUAAAAGCUGGAAAUAAAAUGCAUU